AUGGCGACGGCUGUUUACGCCCCGUCCGCCAGCACCGCUGACUACAACAGGGACUCGCCGGGGUACCCGUCCUCCAAACCCCCCAGCGGGAUCCCCAGCUCCUUCUUCAUGCCAGAUGGUCACCAUAGCGCCGACCCCUGGAGUAGCAGUAGUAGCAGUAUGAGCCAGCAGGGUUACCACGGCAGCAUGCUGGGGGCGGGGAACUCGGCCCACGGCCCCGCCCAGAGCUCCUCCUACUGCGGGAUCCACCCCCACGACAGAUUGAGCUACCCGUCACACUCGUCAGCUGACAUCAGCUCCAGCCUACCGCCCAUGUCCAGCUUCCACAGAGGGGGAGGGGCCGGGGGUGGGGGCGGGGCCAGUCACUACAGCACCGCCUCCUGCACCGCCCCCACCAACGGCACAGACAGCAUCAUGGCCAAUCGGGCGCAGGGUGGGGCGGCGGCCAGCAGUUCUCAGACCGGUGACGCUUUGGGAAAAGCCCUGGCCUCGAUUUACUCUCCAGAUCACACCAACAACAGCUUCUCGUCCAAUCCCUCCACUCCGGUCGGAUCCCCGCCCUCACUCACAGCUCCUAGUUCAGCUGUCUGGUCCAGGAACGGUGGUCAGGGAGCGUCAUCACCGAACUACGAGGCUCCGCUGCAUUCACUGCAGAGUCGUAUCGAAGACCGCCUGGAGCGUCUGGACGACGCCAUCCAUGUACUGCGGAGUCACGCCGUGGGGCCGUCGACGGCGAUGAGCGGCGGACACGGCGACAUGCACAACCUCAUCGGAGCGGCGCACACGCACAACGGCGCCAUGGGAGCGCUGGGCGGCGGCUACGGGACGGGACUGCUAUCGGCCAAUAGACACUCACUCAUGGUGGGCUCCCACAGAGAGGACAGCGGCGGUGUGGGCGGGCUUCGCAGUGGACACUCGAUGGCGGGUCAGGUGUCGGUUCCUCAGCUCCCGGUCCAGUCGGCCACAUCACCGGACCUGAACCAGUCCGACCCCUACCGCGCUCUGUCCGGGGGUCUCCAGGGUCAGAGCACCUCCUCCGUCAGCUCCGACAUCAAAUCUGAGGACGAAGGAGACGAGAACCUCCUGCAGGAGUCGAAGCCUCUGGAACCGAAGAGCGAAGACGUGGACGGGAAGGAGCUGAAAGCAUUAGAGAGGUCAAGAUCUAGCAACAACGACGACGAGGACCUGUCACCAGAGCAGAAGAUGGAGCGUGAGCGCGAGCGGAGGAUGGCCAACAACGCCCGCGAGCGUCUGCGCGUGCGCGACAUCAACGAGGCGUUCAAGGAACUGGGCAGGAUGGUCCAGCUGCACCUGAAGAGCGACAAACCCCAGACCAAGUUACUGAUCCUGCACCAGGCCGUGGCCGUCAUCCUGAGCCUGGAGCAGCAGGUCCGAGAACGGAACCUGAACCCGAAGGCGGCCUGUCUGAAGCGGCGUGAGGAGGAGAAGGUGACGGUGACGUCGGACGGGACUCCGCUGUCGUUGGCCGCCGCCCACCACGCCGCCGCCGCCGCCAUGGGCGACGGCUCCACCCCCAUGGGACAAAUGUCGAAGGUGCCGGAGUUCAUCAAGAUGAUGAGCGACCACUUCCUCUGACGACCUUCCCUCCGAAAACCCGACACACGAUCAACCCCCGUCGUCGCUUCAGCCCGACCAAUCAGAUCCUCCGGAACUUCAGCCUGACCAAUCAGAUCAGCCUCUCUCUCUCUCGUCCGUCGUGUCCGAUCCUCCUCUUCGCCUUCGUCUCCUCCUUCUGUCGAGAAACACGAACUGCAGAGUCGCGUCGGCCGCUUCGUUUCCAGCCGAAGCGAAACGGGACGCGGACGUUUCAUCGGCCGAUCGGCGGCGCUUUGUGGGAGUUUGACGUGAAGUCUUUGAACUCGCAUCAUCAGAGAAGUUCCACGUGUUUUAUGAACAUUCCCCGUUUUAACGAACAAAAAGGGUUCUAUAUAUAAAUAUAUAUAGUAUAUAUAUAUCUAUAUAUAUAUAUAUGAGAAAAGGAAAAAAAAGACAAAAACUUUGUUUAACUUGUGCGACAGGACGCAGACGGGGUCGGGGGGGUUGGUAAGAAAAGAACAAAACAUAUCACAAAGUGUUUAAAGAGAUUUCUUUGUUUUUUUUGUAAAAAAAGCAACACGGUCAAACGCAGCCUCGGCGCCGUCGCCGACUGAAUGGCGAUCUGACGCCACACUGUGGACGAAGCUGUGCCUGAUCUCCUAUUGGAUGCAAACGAGUCGGAUAGACGCACACGGAGAAACGACCACGCAACGCAAACAACAACCGAACAGGAAGUACCCACCAGUCCAGAGCCCACGGACCCCCUGAAACAGACACAGUAGACACAUGAACCAUGAAGAUGAAGAUGAUGAAGAUGAGUCCUGACCGACGCUCCGACGACCAAACCCACAGAGGGAACUUUUACUCCAACAAAUGCUCGUUGACUAUCACAGAUUCGGAGUCGUUGGGACGUGUCCACCCCUUCUCACGAAUUCCCACCAAAUCUGCACAUUUGACCAGAAUCCAAAACUGGACACUGCGUUUUUUAGUCAAGUCUUUGAAGCGACCGAAAAACUGCAGCCGAAACACCCGACCAACUGACCAAUCAUCCGAUGAAUGAAUUAAUCAGAGCCACAUGGAAUUAUCGAGAAAAAGGGUGAAAGACGGAAGGACUCCUGCAGUAACGAAGUGUACUUUUAUACUUUUAGACGCAUCAUGAAAGAGAGUUUUCAGUCGCUUUGGUUGGAAAAAAAAAAUCACAAACAGACAGAAGACGCAGUUUGGAGGUGACGUCCUGAAUCCGAUCAGAGUAUUAGACGGUCCACGGACCACACGCUCUAACUCGAACUCUAUUCCACAUUUAGCACAUUCCCUAAAUCGUGAUCGCUACUUGAACCGAGGGCUCCGGUCGGUCCGGAUCACGAAAAGAUCUACAGGUUGAAGCACGAUUUAAGCCGGACCAACGUCCUGAAGAGUUAGAGACCGAC